AUGUGGCGUGUGACAGCCUUGCUUCUUGCGGGUGCCGUCUGCUGUACGGCAGCCCCGGCGCCUUCGUUACCCACGGUGGAUCUGGGCUACGAAUUGCACCAGGCAACUUACAAUGACUCUGGCCAGUACUACAACUUCUCCAAUGUGCGUUACGGCGCUCCUCCAGUCGGCCAUCUGCGCUUUUCUGCUCCAGUCGCCCCAAGCACAAAUGGCACCAAAGUCUUCAAUGACGGCUCUACCCCUGUGACUUGUUUUCAGGUGCUGCCAGCUUGGGGCAUUUAUUCAGCAGAUUGGGUUGCCAAUGGCACAGCAGCGUUCAAUAUCUCUGCCGGCUACCAGGUUCCUCCGCUUGCUUCGACCCCACCACCCGAUCCUACUGCCACUGAAGACUGCUUGUUCCUCGAUGUGAUGGUCCCAAAAGCGGUCUUCGAGGCUGCUAACCAAAGCACAGGCGCGCCAGUGAUGGUGUGGAUCCACGGCGGAGGAUAUACGCUCGGAUCCAAGACUCUCUAUAGCCCCUCUGCGGCAGGCUUGAUCAAGGCUAGCCAGAGUCAAGGCGGGAAGGGCAUCAUCUGGGUCGCGAUGAACUAUCGCCUGGGAGCUUUCGGCUUUCUCUCCGGUCCAACGUUCCAGGAGUCUGGUACGGCAAACGCAGGCCUCUAUGACCAGCGGCUGGCACUCGAAUGGGUGCAACAACACAUCUCUAAAUUCGGUGGAGAUCCAAACAAAGUCACCGUGAUUGGAGAGUCGGCCGGGGGAGGCAGCACGAUGCACCAGAUCACGGCGUUUGGCGGCCUCAAGGGCAAGGUGCCUUUCCAGCAGGCUAUCGUGCAGAGCCCUGGGUUUCAAAUGUCGCCGAGCGUUACGCUGCAGGAAGCCAUUUACAACCACUUCCUGAACCUCGCGGGCAUCAGCUCACUCGACGAAGCUCGGAACUUGUCGACGGAGGCACUUCGAUUCGCCAACUACAAGCUUGUCGGGGGCUCGAGCCCGUAUGGCACAUUCACCUUCAACCCUGUCGUAGAUGGAGCUUUCGCCCCUGAUCUCCCGGGCCAGCUUCUUCUUCACGGACAGUUCGACAACUCCCUCAAGAUCAUGGCCGGUCACAAUAUCAACGAAGGCCUGGAGUUUAUGGAUCCCUUUGCCCAGAAUGAAACCGUCUUUGAGGCCGACCUCCGCAUCUACUUCCCCACGAUCACGGACGCCGUCGUCAAUCACAUCUCCCAGACACUGUAUCCCCCCAAGUACGACGGUUCUGUCGGUUACACCACUCCUACGGGACGCAGCGAGUUGAUGAUCACGGAAGCGUUCUUCACAUGCAAUACUUACUUCUUGGCUCGUGCGUACAACGACAGUGUGUUCAAUUACAUGUUUAGUGUUCCCCCGAGCCUUCACGGAGAUGACAUUUAUUACACGUACUACGAUGGUCCGAAUCCCCUGGUCAAGAACGACACGCUAGCGGUCAUCAUGCAGAGAUAUUUCACGAACUUUGUCGUGACGGGCGAUCCGAAUGGAGCAGGACUGGCCCCCUUCCCGACCUAUGGUGCGAAUGCCACGCUGCAGAAUUUCAAUCUGACAACGAUUGGGCCGAUCAAGGACAAUGCUGCAAACGAGAGGUGCUUGUGGUGGCAAAAGGGUCUGUAUGCCUAG